GGAUGUUCUUACUUAUGCUUCGGCGAUGUGUGUCUGCGAGAAUGCUGGUGAAUGGGUCCAAAGCUUGAUGCUGCUUGAGGCUUUGGUUGAAGCAUCUUUGGAAAUGCUGGUGUGUUUAGAUUAGCUUUGGUUGCUGGCGCAAGGCCAUGCCAAUGGCAAGUUGCUUUUGUACUGCCAGGUUUCUCGCAGCUAUGAAGAGGGGCACUGGGACUGCUGGAACGUGCUGCAGGAGAACUGGGAAGCAGUGCUUUUUUCUGCAAUCCCUUCGUACUCACUGGCUCUCAAGGUUGCUUGGUGGAGACAGGCGUGUGAAAUCCGAAGAAGGCCACGGCUACAAACUACGAUGCAGAUUUGGACUUUGUCUCGCAGUUUGGCGAGACACUUGGAACCCUUCAAGAAAAACGAACCUCCUAGCGGGUAGGUAAUAACUAAUAAGACCAAAAACAAGGAAACCUACCACUACCAGACUCAGAGGUCUCCUGAAGGAUCAUUCCCUCAUUUCUCACUAUAAGCAUCAGCCUCGGUGUCAAGAAGAUCACCGACUCGAGUUCGCUUGCGGAAGUAGCAGGUACACAUCGGUGGCGAAUGCCCAAAGCAGUGCUCACCAUGAAGCGUUGCCUUCAGUGCUCACCUUGACCUGGAUCGACUUGUGCAAAGCGCGCCUCCCAUGUUCGGAGAUGGAUCUGUAUGGAUUCCUCGCGAGCUUGUAGAAUGGUGGUUCGAUGUGGUUUCUGUUAACCCAUUUUGAGCAGCUUUGCAUUGGUGCCUUCAGGUCUUUGUUACAAAAUGAAGUUUUCCACAAUGUGACAAUGUGUGUAAGAGUUGUGCUUGUUUAACUGUAAUUCAGCCGAGCCCCGCCGACCCCAGCCGAGUUCUAGUUGGCUCAUAAAAAAAAGCAGCAGCCCUGAAGUCAUUGAUGGAUGCAGAGCAUUGUGGACUACAACAAGGCCAUCGGAAAGUGCACAGACCAGCGGCUCUGGAAGGAUGCCUUGCAACUUCUUGAUGAUCUCAGUUUGGAAGGCUUUGAGCCAACUGUCUUCACCUUCGGUGCGACUUUGGGUGUCCUUGAGAAAACAUCCAGAUGGAAAGAGGCUGUGGCCGUUCUUAGCAGCGCGCUUGUGCAAGAUGUUCAAGUCAAUUUGAUACUUUACAAUGCUGCUCUCAGUGCUUGUGCCAAAGGACGACAAUGGCAAUGUGCGCUAAGCUUCAUGAAAGAGCUGAGGGAGGACGCGAGGCUACAGCCUGACAUUGUAACCUACAGUUCUGGCAUCAGUGCUUGUGAGAAAGCUGCUCGUUGGACAGAAGCCCUAAGCGUGCUCGAGAUGGCCUUGGAUCAAGCUGUGCAGGCCGAUGUCAUUGCCUUCAAUGCCGCAAUCAGUGCAUUGGAGAAAGCCGGCAGGUGGGAGGCAGUCUUCUCCGUAUUCAAUACUAUGAGCAUGAUCGAGAUUCAGCCUGACCUCAUCUCCAUGAAUGCUGCAAUCAGCGCAUGCGAGAAGGCCAACGAAUGGCAGAGCGCGUUGAAUCUCUACAGUGCAAUGCAGCUGCAGCGUGAAUCGGGCGACAUCAUCACUUUUGGCGCGACCAUCAGUGCAUGUGAAAAAGCUAGCUGCUGGCAAGAAGCCUUGGCGCUCUUAGCCAUUCUGAAGCAAAGGCAGCCACAUCAGAAGAGCAGGGCCUUGUUGGGCUCUGGUGUGGUGCCCUACAGCGCAGCUGUGAGUGCUUGCGGUUGGGCUUCCAAAUGGCAAGAAGCGAUGUCGUUGCUGGAGGAAUUGGUGUGUCUUUGGAAGCCUGACGUCAUUGCAUUCUGCGCUGCGAUCAGUGCCUGUGAACGCGCUGCGCAAUGGACGAAAGUUCUUGAGCUGCUGAAAGACAUGCGCCUCAGGCAUUUGAGAGCUGACAUGAUGACCUACAACGCUGCGAUCAGCGUUUUGGACAAGGCGGAGAAAUGGGAGGAAGCACUUUCCUUGUUCGCGCUGGCCUCGCAGAAGAAGAUGCUGGUGG